UCGGUGACUCUCAGAGGUGAAACUUGCACUGCAAGCGAGUUCAGUUUCCAUUUGUUUCUUUUUCUCCUCACUUCCUGCCAACCACUUUGUGCCCUCUUUUUGCGUGGGAAUUUCCCGAGCAGACAACCGAACGGAAACAGGGUGAUUUGUUAGGGGGGAGUUUCUAAUUUGUACGCUUUCUUCGCAGUGUAUGAUCCAUCGCGAGUGCAAAACCCUUCAAUUGUUGCACCUAUUCUGGGAUUAUUUGAUGGAUUUGUGAAGUAGGGAAAACAAUGAGCAGUGAUUGUUCUCUGGUGCAUCAGCUGCCGUAGAAUUGGAUGCAGUUUUGAAUGGAAUUGCUGAGUGAUUCCUAAUGUGAAAUUUGUGCGAUUGAGGAGAAAACUUCAAUGUGUGGAUUGUGCUUAGGAGUCGCGCCAGUGAGAAACACACAUAAAAGACAAUCUUGCUGCCUAUCUGACACUGGAUGGUUCUUGUGUGAGAGAGAAAUCAGAGCUACUCUGUGACCCAAAGUUGAACUGAGAAAGAGGAGAAACUAGGAAGCGACGUGGAGUAAUUUUCUAUUCAUCUUGGAGAAAUAUGCCGUCCCUCGUGGAAGCCUUGGAGCAGAAGUAUGGUCUGGCAAAUUUGGAGAUCCAGAGCCAUCAAGAUGAGUCCCUUGUGUCGAUUUUUGUGCCAAAACUGCCGCCAAGAAUGAGCGUGCCAGAACUUCUAGUCCUCAAUGACUGCAACAUCGACAAGGCUGGUGAGUCUGAGGACUUGCGUAAAAAGUGCAGCAGCGUGAAAGAGCUGGAUUUGGCUCAGAACAAGCUGGAAAAGUGGAGUGAAGUGUUUGGUAUCCUGACCAAUAUGCCGCGAGUGGAGUUUGUGAAUCUGAGCCUUAAUCGUCUGGCGGGUCCUGUGGCGCCGCCCAGUGAAUUCUCCAUGACUCGACUGAGGAGUCUCGUGCUCAACAACACCCGCCUUGACUGGGAGAAUGUGGAGUCCCUGCUGAGCCUGCUGCCCAUGCUGGAGGAGCUGCACUUGAGUCUCAACGACUACAAGCAGGUGCUCAUUGACACGAUCGAGGACGACUUCAGUGGGCCUCUGGAGGGCGUUCAGCUCAAUGAUGACGAGGAUGAGGCCACGGAGGAGGACGAGAUGGCCAACCAAGUGUGCACGUGUGGUGCGAAGAGUAAAACAGAUCCGCCAUUGGCGGGCGCAUCGCGGACUGACUCCGUGUGUUCCAUGUACAGGAAGACAAGCGCCCACGAGGGCGUCCGGAAGCUCCACUUCACGGGAAAUCCAGUCACGGAGUGGCUGGAGAUUUGCCGCCUUGGCCGAGUGUUUCCCAAUUUGGAGUCUCUCGUGCUCGCCGACUGUCCCAUCAAGUCCUUGGAGAGCAGCAACACUGCCACCAGUGCCGCGAGUGAUGACAACAACUGUGAUUCGCCUCACGCGCAUUUCCAGAGUCUUACAUUUCUCAAUUUGAGCAAUUCGGAUAUCCAAACAUGGAACGAUAUUGACCGAUUGGCGUUGUUCCCGAAGCUCAAGAAUCUGCGAGUUCAGAAUUGGCCACUCUGGGACAAGUGCGAUUCGACAGAGCAUGAACGAAGGCAGCUACUGAUCGCUCGCCUGCCGCAGGUCCAGACGCUCAACGGAGGCGGAGUGGUUGGCGCUGAGGAGCGUGAGGAUGCCGAGAGAGCCUUCAUUCGCUACUACAUGGACAAGCCGGAGAGCGAUCGUCCCGAGAGAUAUGCGGAAUUGAUCUCAGUUCACGGAAAGUUGGAUCCUCUUGUUAACAUUGACUUAAGACCGGAGAAGAGAGUGAAAGUCACGUUCACGUACGGCGAUACGAGCGAAAUAAGGAGCGUCGAUGUCUAUAGGACUGUGUUCGACCUCAAGACGCGCCUGGAGCGCUUGGCUGGCAUUCCGGCGGCCAAGAUGCGUCUGUACUACGUGGAUCAGGAGUUGCGGGACUUGCAGGGCCCCGAAGAGAUGAAGUAUCCUCACAAGCAGCUCUACAGCUACAAUAUCCGCUCGGGGGAUGAAAUCAUCAUCGAUCGGAAGCACUAGAGGGCGUUAUUGUGUGUGAGGCACGAGUGAUUUUUGGGACUUGACUCUCACUUCCUCAGUUUUAACAAAAUAAAUCGUCAAAAUGUGAUAAUUUGUGCGUACUUUUGUAUCUCGGUGGUGGGUUGAUUAUAUCAAGUGGACAGAAGCGCACAGAAGGCGGAAAUGAGGAGUGUGAAAUGUCUUAACUUAAAAACGAUCUUAUUUAAUGUCAAAACUGUAAAACAACACUAAUUAGUUAGAUUAGAGAGUAUAGGAUUUGCAAAAGGAAUAUUGCAA